CAGGCUGACUCAGCGGCCCAGCCCCUGUCUUGGUCCCCUGGCAGGCCCCUUGGCACUCCCCCGGGGGCAGAGAUGGGAGAUGGCUGCCAUUCUGCCCCUUCCCCUGCCCCUUCAGGCCCGGAUCCGCCUGGCCCAGGGGCUCUGGCUCUUUUCCUGGUUGCUGGCUCUGGCCGGUGGCCUCACUCUCAUCUCUAGUGGCCACCUCCUGGUACAGCUGUGGCACCUAAGCCCUUUCUUGGACCCCACCUGCUCAUUUUCAGCCCUCCCCAAGACAGCUUUGGCUGCAGGGGCAGCUGCCCUGGGCAUGGGGGUCUUAGGGGCUGGAGUCACCAGAGCAUCCUUGGAUGCGGCCCGAUAUCCGCCUUGGCGAGGGGUGCUGGGACCAAUCCUGCUGGCUGGGACCAUUGGGGGUGGGGGUCUCCUGGCCCUGGCAGUAGGACUGGCCCUAGCAUUGCCCAGGAGCCUAGAUGCUGCCCUAGAGAAUGGUUUGGGGGGAGCCUUGGCUCACUACAAGGACACAGAGGUCCCGGGGCACUGUAAUGCCAAGCGGCUGAUGGAUGAGCUCCAGCUGGCCUACCACUGCUGUGGGCGGCACAGCUACAAAGACUGGUUCACUGUUCAGUGGAUCAGUAGCCGGUAUCUGGACCCCAAUAACCAGGACAUCAUCGACCAGAUCCAGAGCAACGUGGAAGGCCUCUAUCUAAUCGACGGGGUCCCCUUCUCCUGCUGUAACCCCCAUUCCCCCCGGCCCUGCCUACAGAACCAGCUCUCCAACACACAGGCCCAUCCCCUGUCUGACCCUCGGCAGCCCAACCUCAACCUCUGGGAACAGGGCUGCCAUGGCGUGCUGCUGAGGCACCUGGUGGGGCUGGCCAGCACCCUGGGGACCAUGCUUGCCAUUACCUUUUUGCUGCAGGUGUUGGUGCUCCUGGGACUACGGUACCUGCAAACAGCUUUGGAGGGCCUGGGGGGAGCCAUAGAUGGGGAAGGUGACACCCAAGGCUACUUGUUCUCUGGGGGCCUGAAAGAGAUGCUGAAAAGUGCUUUCCAGCAGGGGCUGUGUGCUCAGAGACCUGUGCCCGAGGAGGUUCCACCAGAGGCCCCAGCUGAGGAGGCCCCAGCAGAAGCCUAGCACCCCAGAGGGGAAGGGGAAAGUGGAAGGUGAGGCUGGCCAGAGUAGUUCUCAGUCCCCUUCCCUGCAGUGGUGCCCACAAAGAGAUCAGUACUGCUCUGGAAGGGAAUGAAGAGGGGCUGCAGCAGGGCCCGAGGAAGAAAGGAAGGGAACUAGAUUAGGGGCGACAGCCAGAAGACACAGAGGGGAGCAUUAGCUAGAAGUAGCAAAAGAUAGAAACCUACCACCCCACUUCAGAGCCCCUGCCGCUAGCAUGGGCAAAGGGGGGCAGAGAACAUUCCUGGGGGGACCACAAAGAGGUGCUGAUGGUAGAGGGGGUGAAGAAAGACCGGCCGGUCACCCAGGGAAAAAAU